AUGGCAGCACCUAUGGACGAUAGUACAGCUGAUGCCCCAGCUAUUCCUGUUGGCUUGAAGAAAAUCCUGAUAAAGGAUCGUGAGUUUCUAAAUGUUGCCAACUCAUGGGUCGACAAAGUUAAGCAGCAGAAAGUAUCAAGUGCCCUUUGGAAUAGGAUUGGUGCAAAAGGGUCUAACUGUCCGUUCUCUGUCAGAACGAAAUUCGGAAAGCAAACGAACAUAGCUGCGCUCUUCAAAAAAACCACAAAAUUAUAUGGAAAAUUGGCAUCCUCAAAAGGAACCAAAUCUAGAGAAAUGAUCGUCACAGCGCAUAAAUUUAAGAAGGCGCUUCAAGGAUGCUUUGCUUCUAGGGCACAAGUUGCCUUAAUUGAUCAUUUAUUCAGCGAUUCUGGCUAUCAAAAGUCAGAAAUUGACGCAAUCUCAAGGUUACAAUCCAGUAUUUUGAAAAUAAAACCAAGAAGGAGCGCUACUUACGAUGUUUGCAAAGUCAAAUAUUCGACCGGUAGGACAGGAAUGUGUGCACUUGAUAUGAUUACCGAACACCCUACUAAGAUAACCAAGGUCUUCGGAUUAAGCAAAGACAUUCUGCCCACUUCGGACAAGUUCUCCAGGCCUAAACUUGGUUAUCUCCAAAAUGGGAAACCUGCUGCAAUAGUCAUUAGUAUGCCGAUACUCUGGUUUACAGUCGCAAUGAAAGGGAGUCCGUCUUACGUAAACGGGGGGUCUUCAGGUGAGAUAUAUUUCUCUUCGCUGGGAGGGGUGUGGGAGAAAUAUGACAAGAUAGUCGAAGGACUAUCCAACCAAUCACUUACUGAAAUCUGCCAUUUUCUUAGCGCAGAAGAGAAAGCCAAUGAAGUUGCAGAUUUCGAAGGAAAAAUAUGCAAGUCUCAUUCAUGGGAUCAAGGCAAGAAAUGCUUUAUUACAGAAACACCAAAUGUGGACGAACAGAUGAACUGGAACAAAGCUGAGGAGGCAUUUAAGAUCGCGUAUGCACAACCGCGAAUAAUGAUAUCGGCAAAUACAAGCAUACAUAAUAAGUAA